AUGAGUUCAAUAUAAAGACAACCUCGUAGUCGUAUAUUCGAAUCAGAUUCAUAGAGACCAUCUGAUCGACCAAUUACUCCAUCAUAAUAAUAAUCAACCAAUUACAAAAUAAGACAAUUAACACACAAUACUCAAUUAACCACCCCUAUAGUUUAAUGCCAUUACCACCCUGAUUAAUUUAUACAAAACUUUUGUAAACAUCUUGACUGCUUGCUUCCACUUUGUCCUGCCUGUGUGAAUAUUCAUUAAGAAGAUCAUAAUAACUAACAGUAUGCUCCAACUUUUGAUCAUCUUUCAACUUGCUUGGCAGAAUAAUAGAAUAAAAUUGUUGAUGUAUGUAAUUUGUUGGCAGAUGAUAUCCAAAAUGUAUCAGAACUCAAAAUAAUAAUCAAUGAUCAUCACAAAACUUAGAUAAAUAAAUUUCUAGAGGCCAAAGAAAAGCUCUAUUAAGCUAUAGACAAUUAUUUAUCAACGCUUGAAAAUACUCUCAAUACUCAAUCGCAAAAACAAUUAGAUUAUUUACUCAAUUAAGUCAAUUAGUUUCAUCGAUUAUCCUAUGAAAGAUGGAAUCACUUGUAAACGAGAUUGCAAAAAUUGAGUUCUGAAAAAUGUUUAAAGACUCUGAUAAAAUGCUAUAAGCAAAGUAAAACUGAAGAUAUCUAUUCUCAAUAACAUGAGAUGUCUCUUCAAUUUACAGAUUAAAUCAAAGCACAAUUGAAACAAAUAUAAAUUAAACCUGCAUAGUUAUAAAAUAUCAUGGAAUAAUUGAAUCUGUACAUUCAAAUAGUGACUGAACAACAAAAUUAGCCAUCCCCUUAACAAAUAAGAAAGAGUUAUAGACCAAGCAGUUAAUAGCAUGCUGUCUCUGCUUCUUCAAUAGAUGCAAGGAUAAAAGGAUAUCCUAUCUAAUAAAGAUAUGUAAUUCCAAGAAAUAAAGUUGAAUUAUCAAUUCCUCAAAUUUAAUAAAGCUUUCUACCAUAAUCAUAAGGAGGAAUCAAUUAUUUCAAUUAGGCUAUCAUACCUCUAAAUGUAUAAUAAACAUAAUAAUUAAAUAAUAUCCCUCCUUUGCCAUUUCGACCUUCAGUAUCUGUAAAAUAAAUAAUCAAUCAAUUUCCAUAAAAAAAUCCAUUUCUACCUUUAAUGUAGCCUCAAGAGAAUAAAAAAGGAGAAUUGAUAGAUUUAAAAUCAAGUAGACAUCUUUUAAGGACGAAUGAACAAUAUCAAAAUAGAAUCUUUAAUGAGAAUGAUUUCUCUCCAAAAUUGAAUAUGACUUGA